CCAUGGGAGUUAUAUUGCAGUUUAGAGUCUGUUAGUUGAGCAACUUAGGGGGACGUGGUUUAUAUCAGCCCACAACCAACCAUCGGGCAUGCUCUUCCGCGUUCCGUGCCGGAUCUCAAAGUCCCUCCAUUGUCAUUCUGUUGUCAUUCGACCAGAAAGGUGGCCUGAAAAUGCAGGUAUCCGAAGCUGAGCCAUUCUUAUAUUACAAACGGUCUCGUGCAGUUCCAGCAUUUUUUGCUUCACAUAUUAGAUUCUUAGAACACAAUGCGUUAGAAGCUUAGCUUCUGCAUUUGUUUAUUUACACUCCUCGUCAUUAUCCUAUUAUUUAGCCAACAGCCAGCAGCCAGCAGCCAAUGGCGAUCUACAGCGACAAGCCUCUUUCCAUUCGCAUGGGCGAAGCAGCCAUAGACGCGUUCAGCGGCGCGCAGCCAGUCUCGCAAGUCCUCCGCUACUACCCCGAGCACGAGAUCGUCGCCAUCAGCAACGCGCGCGACGCUCGCGACGAGUCCCCUCCUCCUCUCCCCCCAGACCAUCUCCUACUCCCCGGCCGCUCCUACUUACUCGUUCCGAAGCUUAAGCCGAAACCGACCGGCGGCAUUGGCGCUGCGGGACUGCGAUUCCCGAAAAGUGCGUCGGUCGCCGCGGGAGAGACCCCUCGCGACGUGAGAGGCGGCGGAAAUGGCGGCGGGAUAGGCGGCGGGGAAGGCGGGGGGAACUACAGCAGCAUGCAGCGCGCUCUACGGAAAGCCGGGUCGCAGGCUUUUGAGCGCGUGGAUCCAUCAUCGCUAUCUCCGACAGAGGACCCGCCUGCCCCUCGCCCUUUCAAGCCCGCGGCUCUCCAGUCCGGCCGCCCCCCGACCCCUCCCACUCACCGCUCCUGCUACAGCUUCUCCUCCUCCCCCUCCCAUCCCCACCCCUCCUCCUCCCCUCCCUCACACCUCCCCUCCUCCUCCGCCUCGCCCCUCUCCCACCACCUCUCUGCUUCUGCCGGAAAGGACUCGGAUUCAGGAGAAAAACCAGCAGAAGCAGCAGGUGCCUCAGGUGAAAACGCAGGGUCGGGGCUGGAGCCCUGGAAUCAGCGCUCUGGUGGGGGUGGGGGACAGGCUGGGCUGUGGAGUGAGAUCUCUGCUUUUGACGCGGCUCACAAGCAGGUGUCAGCCGCCGGGCAGGGUGGGCCAUGGAGCCAGGUGUCUGCCGCCGGGCAGACUGACGUGUUUGUUGUGCGCCCUGCGUCGCCAUCCGAGCACUCGUUGACAGGAGAGGAGUUGGACGGUCACGAUGCUGGAUCUCCAGGAAGGGAUGGUCCUCAGCGGAGAUCACAGCAGAAGUUGCAGCAGCAGGAGCAGAGUCAGAACCACAGUCAGAAUCAGAAUCAUGAGAAACAUGAGAAUCAGGAGCAGCAGCAGCCGCAGCCCCAUCGAGUGCUCGUCCCUGUCAUCUUCCGCUCCCGCCGCGGCUCCUCCCUCCGCUUCCCCCGCUCCGCCUCCGCAUCCGAAGCCAUGGACGCCAGUUCCACCACCGCCACGACCACCGCCCAGCCCUCCGCCUCCCCACCUUCCCUCUCCCCCUUCCUCUCCCCCACCCAUCCCUCAUCCCACACAGACUCCCCGCUAACCGCCUCCUCCCCUUCGUCCGGAAACGCCAGGCUCUCUUCGAAGACGUCUUCUAAAUCUUCCUCCAUCCCCUCUAAGCAGCCCGCCUCUAAGCCGUCCUCUGAGUCCCCCCGGGAGCGCCACCGCGGCAGCUCCCUGCAGCGCAAGUUCUCCCGCACCACCAGCCUGGAAGGGGGAGGGGGAGGGGGAGGCUACGGCGUGGGGGGCGGAGGUGCAGGGGAAGGCAGUGCUGGGGGAGGUAGUACUGGGGGCGGCAGUACUGGGAAAGGAGGCGCUGAGAAAGGUGACGGCAGUGGAGAUGUGAGGAGACGAGAGAGGUCAGCCAUUCCUGGAUCGGGCGCAACUGGGGCAGGCACAACUGGGGGAGGAGGCGCCGGCCCAUAUUCGUCCUCCUCCUUGCCUCCUGUCCCUUCUCCCUCCGCCUCCCCUCUCUCUCGCUCACUCCAUGCCAGCCCCAACCCUAAAACCGGCCGCCCUUCGUCCCGAGAGGGUAGAGCUACGUCAGACCCCAACAACUUGCUAAGUGCUGCAGAAGCCACUGCGGCAGCUGCUGCUGGUGCUGGAGGUGGUGGUGGUUCUGGUACCAGCACUUACCGCCCAACCAGCCGCCCGUCUUCCCGAGAGGGGCGGUGUACCUCAGAUCCCAACAACCUGCUGAGCGCCGCUGAAGCUGCUGCCGCUGCUGCUGCCGCCAGCACAUACAGCAACAGCACUGGCUGCAGCAGUGGGGCGUUCUGCGGCACUGGCAGCAGCAGCAGCACCACUGGUACCACCAGCAGUAGCAGCAGCAGCAGGGGGGGUGGUAGGGUGCGCAGGGGAGCUCAUGUGAACAGUGUGAGCUAUGGAGGGGUGGGACUGGAUGGGUCGGCUGGGGACGGGGAUUACAGUCCGGAUCUGUGCUUUGCGAACAGCACAGGCGGUAACCGCAACAGCGGCGGUGAGACCCUUGACCCUCUUCGGGCCUCACACAAGGCAGACAAGACCGAAGCGACAGACAAGGCGGAUAAGGUGGAUAAGCCCAGCAAGUCUAGCAAGGCAGAGAAGCCAAUGAGGUCAGCAGGCAAGACAGAGGAGUCAGAGAAGUUUGACAAGUCAGGAAAGCCAAGCAAGGCAGGCCGGUCCGACAGCCAGAGGGCGCUCCUCCGUGCUGCGUCUCAGGGGAAGGAGAUCGAGCGCGCUGCGUUUAGCUGCAGCCCUGAAGCCAGGCUGGGCGGGAGGAGCCACACGGAAGGGAGGGAGGAGACGAGAGAGCGGAUGAGCGAGCGGAAAAAGGGGCGGGGGGGGAGUGUGGGUAGUGGUGGUGAUUUGGGCAGCUGUAGCCCUGAAGCUAGGCUGGGGGGAAGGAGCCACACGGAAGGAAGGGAGGGGAUGCGGGAGAGGGUGAAGGAGAGGAUGAGAGAGAGGAGGGGGAGUGUGGGUGAUGCCGAUGGGUUGGGCAGCUUCAGCCCUGAAGCCAAGCUUGGGGGGAGGAGCCAAACCGAGGGGAGGGAUGAGAUGAGGGAGAGGCAGAGGGAGCGGAUGAGAGAGAAGGGGGGAGUGGAGGGGGUUAGGUCACCCGGGCAUCCAAAGCAGAAGCAGCGAUCGCAGCCUCCGCCUCUGAAGUAUGGGCAUGACCCCCAGCAGCAACAGCAGUAUAGUCAUAGGCCUUCUGAGCAGCCACUGCAGCAGCAGCUGCAGGAGUGGCACUCUAGUCAAGAGGAGUCUGCAGACCACUGUUCACCUGGUGAUGAGGAGGAGGAGGAGGAGGGGGAACCCACCCACAUCAUCUCACAACACGCAGGAGAGCCUCACCCAGAUCAGCCUCCCUCAUCUGCGGCCUGUGAGGACUGGAGCCGCAGCUACAGCCUCGCCCCUUCUCUUGGCGACUCCUAUGGCAGCCCUGCUCCUCCCCAUGCCCUACACCCCUCCUCUGCUUCUCACACCUUUGAUGAUGCUGCUGAUGCUGCUGCUCAUUCCGCUUGCCUUGAUCCCUCCUUUGACGGUCUGCUCGCUCCAAACGCCGCCGACCCUUCCAGCAUCGGGUAUCAGUCGGAGCUUUCUGAACCACUUUCCAGCUUCCGGCUUGGUCCUGCCGACCCUGACCUUGCGAGCCCGAGGUUUGGUCCGGUGAAGAAGAAGGAGCAUUCUUCUGGACCUGGGCACCAGGUCCGGCAGGAGGAUUCCGAGCUGGGUAGCUCAGGUUCGGAACCAACAAGUCCGGAUACUGCGAGUGAGAGUGAAAACGUCAGAGGCAGAAGCAGAAGCAGGAGGGGUGGGAGCAGUGGCGAUAGUAGGAGCAGGAGCAGCAGCGGGAGCAGUGGUGAUAGUGAGAGCAGAGAACUACGCGAUGAACGAGAAAGUGAUUACAGCAGGAAGGCUGGCAAAGAAAGGAGAAGCAGUGACUCCAACCCUGGUCGUACCAGCAGAGAGGGUGUGAAAACUCGGAGAAAGAGCAUGGAAGGAGCAGCGGCUGCAGCUGUGGUCGAGUCUCAGGAGCAGCAGCCGAGCGUAAGUGCUGCGGCUGAUGUCACUCUGGCCCUCUGGUGCCUAAGAGAGUCUCUUAGCAUGCAGCAGCAGCAGGAGCAAGAGGAGAAACUCACCCGAGGAAGCAAGGGCGAAGGUACAACAGGAGGCGGGGGUGCUAGUGACGCCGGGGGGCAGAGCGGGCAGAGCAAGGGAGGGGAGGCGGAUCGGAACAGGAGCCCUCUGAGAAGGUUUCUUGGCGCCUUGUCGCUCGAUAUCUCCGCAGCUGACGUCCCCUCUGUGGCCGCUGUUCCUGCCCCUUUUGGUGGCCUUUAUGCCAGCGGCUUCCCCACUGACAGUGCCACAAAGGCGGAGGGUCGCAAGCAGGCACCUCUGGGGGAGGCUCGGGAGCAGAUGAAGGGGCAGACGGGGCACAAGCAUCAGCACCCGGCGCAGCAGCAGCACGUCCAGCAGCAGCAGCAGCAGCAGCAGCAGCAAGAGCAGCAUCAUGAGCAGCAGGAGGCGGGUCGAAACCGCAGCCCUAUGCGUCGGCUUCUCCGUGCGCUCUCCAUCGAAGCUUCCACUGAAGCUGCAGCUGUGGUCGCCGCUCUCCAGUCCUCCUCUGCCUCCUCUACUGCCCCCUCCACUACACCUCCCCCCUCCGCUCCCUCUGCCACCCGUGCAUCCUUUCGCUACCCCCGAUCCCAAUCCCUCACCACCAAAACCGCCAGUAGCAACAGCAGCAGCACUGCUGCAGCUGCUGCUGCUGCUGUUGCUGGUCGUAGCGGUGGUGGUGGUGAUGGUGGUGGCAGUGGUAACAGCGGUAAUAGCAGCAGCAGCAGCAGCAGCAGCAGCAAGAGUCGAGGUGGUGGUGGUGGUCAUAGUGGAAGCAGAAGCAGCAGCAGCAGUCACGGCCACAGUCGCAGCAGCAGUGCGAUACUCAGCCUAGGAACCAGCAGCAGCAGCAGCAAGUUCAAGAGGAGCAAAGAGGAGAAUGACGCUGAGCUAAAAGCAGCUCUCGAGGCCUUUAGGAAACGGGUGGAGAUGCUAAGUGACACGUGCCACUUAACUUAUGCUGCUAGUGUCGGUGUGCAAGGUUCGGGAGGAGGUGGAGGAAAGAAGGGGGGGACGUGGAAGCCUCGGCUUCCAGACGUGAAGGAGGUGGAUGCUCCCAAGGGCUCUCUAGGGGCCUCAUUGUCGUUUCAUAGCGAUAGGAGAAGGGCGUUGUCCGAUCAGCUUUCGCAGUGGAUCAAGUGAGGGGCGUGGAAGCCUAGACUUCCGGAUGUGAAGGUGGUGGAUGCUCCCAAGGAUCCAUAGCGGCUUCAUUAUCGUUUCAUGGUGACAGAAGGGGGCGUUGUCCGAUCAACUUUCUCAGUGGAUCAAGGGAGAUGUGGCAGUGAGGCAUAACGAUGGUAUUUGUGAAAGGUAGCUUUGAUACAAAUGCGCUCUAAGCCGAAUGUGUUCCCUCGGGUAUGGUUUGAUGCUAUGCUUGCUGCAAUGAUAGCACUCCAUAAAGAUGGAUGGACCUGCAGCUACGUAUACCGUAUUGAGCAGGUAGGGAAUCUCAUUUGUAAGGCACGCUUUGUUAAAGACUUUGAGGA